GAAACAAUUCUCUCAUUCAAAAAGUAAAAAACAAACAAAGGAUGGCUUUCAAACAUAAUGAUGCCUUCCUUAGUUUAGUAUUUCUUCUUCUUUUUAUUGUAUGUUCAAAAGCUUAUGAACCACCUCCACACCACAUUGGUUUAUUGAAAAGAAGUAGCUUUUCUAAGGAUUUCAUCUUUGGCUCAGCAUCUUCUGCUUAUCAGUUUGAAGGUGCUGCUAAGGAAGAUGGAAAAGGACCAAGUAUUUGGGAUAACUAUACCCACCAACACCCAGAAAGAAUUAGUGAUCACAGUAAUGCAGAUGUGGCUAUUGAUCAAUAUCAUCGCUACAAGGAAGAUGUAGCCCUUUUGAAGAAAAUGGGUUUGAAUGCCUACCGAUUCUCAAUUGCUUGGUCUAGAAUUUUGCCAAAGGGAAAACUUAGUGGAGGAGUGAACAGGAUAGGAAUUGAAUAUUACAACAAUCUCACUAAUGAACUACUUGCAAAUGGCAUCGAACCCUAUAUUACCCUUUUCCAUUGGGACACUCCUCAAGCUUUAGAAGAUGAAUAUGGAGGCUUUAGGGGACGUGAAAUUGUGAAUGAUUUUCAAGACUAUGCUGAACUUUGCUUCAAAGAAUUUGGAGAUAGAGUGAAACAUUGGAUCACCCUCAAUGAGCCAUGGAGCUUCAGUAUGACCGGCUAUGCCGUAGGAAUCAAUGCUCCGGGUAGAUGUUCGUCUUUGCCACCGAAUAAUUGUCUUGGUGGAGAUUCUGGCACUGAACCAUACAUCGUUACUCAUAAUCAACUUCUGGCUCAUGCGGCUGCUGUCAAAGUUUACAAAACAAAAUAUCAGGCAAAUCAAAAGGGUGUGAUUGGGAUAACAUUAGUGACAGUUUGGAUGGUUCCAUAUUCAGAUAGUGAGGCAGAUAAAAGGGCUACAAUUAGAGCUCUUGAUUUUGUUUUUGGCUGGUACAUGCAUCCAGUUACAUACGGAGAUUAUCCACCUGUCAUGAAGGAAUUGGUAAAAGAGAGAUUACCAAAAUUUUCACAAGAAGAAAGUGCUUCCCUUAUAGGAUCAAUUGAUUUUCUUGGAUUAAAUUACUACACUGCUAAUUAUGCUAAAGACAAUCCCACAGCACCUGGCCCUCAACCAAAUUACUUAACAGAUUGGAGAGCUUAUCUUUCACUCGAUCGCAAUGGAGUUUCAAUUGGUCCUCUGUCUGGUCCAACAUCUUGGCUUGCUAUUUAUCCAGAAGGGUUGAAAAAAUUAUUGGUCUAUGUGAAGACGAAAUACAAAGAUCCAGUCAUCUAUAUCACAGAGAAUGGAUAUCUCGAAAGUGAUGAAAUCCCAUUUAAGGAAAUGAUGAUGGACAAGGGUAGAGCCAAAUACCAUUAUGACCACCUUCGUAUGGUUCAUGAAGCAAUCAAGGAUGGCGUAAAGGUAAAGGGAUACUUUGUAUGGUCAAUUUUGGAUAAUUUUGAAUGGUCAAGUGGAUAUUCGCUUCGGUUUGGUUUAUACUACAUUGAUUACAAAAACAAUUUGAAGAGAAUUCCAAAGCUCUCAGCCAGAUGGUUCCAAUUAUUCCUCAAGACUUGAAGAUGACUCAUCUAAUAAUCAAAUUGUGAUGCCUAUCUUGUUCUCUGUUGUCAUGUGUGUUUGUUGAUGAUAGGGCAAAUAAUGCUAGUGAAACAGCUGAAAAAAUGUACCAAAAACUGGGGUUCUAUAUUUUAAUUUCUUAUGCCUCUUCAUGCUCAAUAAAUAAGAAGGCUAUAUAUUUUCAUGAAUAUAUAGUCCACUUUAAUUAA